AUGCUUGGCUUUCUCGUCGCCACGAUAUACCUUACUAGCAUUAACAAGGUCCUGGUAUUACAUACGGCUUCAUCCAUCGUGACAAUCCUUAUUACUGGCGGUACAGGAAAAACAGGCUCUCGCCUUGCCCGUCGUUUGCUCGAUGCCAAUUACUCUGUCCUGCUCACGUCCCGUAAAGGUGUUGUCCCAAAGCCUUUCAAGGGCAUAAAGUUCGAUUGGUACGACCCUUCAACCUUCCACAACCCUUUCGCUGCCGAUUCCAACAUCGACCGAAUCUAUAUUGUCGCCCCAGAUGGUGAUCGUGCAGGAGAGGUAAUCAGGCCCAUGAAGCCAUUCAUCGACUUGGCGGUGAGCAAGGGGGUGAAUCAGUUCGUUUUACUCAGCGCGACUACCUUUGAGGCCGAAGGCCCAGCUAUGGGCAAGGUACACGCAUACCUCUUGUCCUUGGGAGUCGAUUAUGCAGUUCUCCGACCCUCUUGGUUCUACGAAAACUUGCUGACCAUGUAUCUUCAUGACAUCAAGGAGAACAACACUAUCAUUACCGCUUCUGCAGAUGUGAAGAUUGGAUUUAGUCAUAAUACAGACCAUAUUCUCACUGGUCCCGAGCUGCUUUCUUACGACGAUGUGGCCCAAAUUCUUACAGACGUUCUAGGUCGCAAGAUAACACAUACAAGAAUCUCUGUCAGGGAGAUGAAGGAUAGAUAUAUUGCCUUUGGACUUCCAGAAGAUUUCGCCACAUUAUUAGCUUCGAUAGACGAGCUGAAUGCCUCCGGCGUUGAAGAGAGAAUUUUUGGGACUCCCGGAAAAGUCACAGGGAAGAGGACGCUGCGGGAUUUCGUAGAAGCCAAUAAAGAUAGUUUCUGA